ACCCCAUCCGCCGCGCAGGGAGCGGGCGGAGCCGCGCAGGGUCGGGGCAGCGCUUCCGCGGGGGUAAGCGGUGCGGGGCGGCUGCGCGCGGGGUGCGGUGAGCGGCUCCUCCCGGCCCUCGUGCCCCGGCUGUGAUAUUCGGGGGGAAGACAAUAGCGCGUAUCAGCGUGUAUUUGCAGAAGGGGCCGGCGGGCGCGGGGCGGCUCGGCGCUGCACAGUGAGGGCUUUGUGGGGCGGCACAGACUGCCCUCUGUGCGCUCCCCCGCGCCGGGUGCGGUCUGCGCUGAGCGACGGCGCUUCGACACGUUGUUAAAGUUGGCACCUGCGCGGCACUUGGUGCUGUGGCUUCGCUGUGCACACGCCAUGGACAUGGCCGGCCACAGCCUGCUCCUGCUCCAGCAGCUGAACAUGCAGCGGGAGUUCGGCUUCCUGUGCGACUGCACAGUUGCCAUUGGAGAUGUUUACUUCAAAGCCCACAGAGCGGUGCUCGCUGCUUUCUCAAACUAUUUUAAGAUGAUAUUUAUCCAUCAGACAAGUGAGUGCAUAAAGAUUCAGCCCGCAGACAUCCAGCCGGACAUUUUCAGCUACCUCCUGCACAUCAUGUACACCGGGAAGGGCCCGAAGCAGGCGGUCAGCCAAAGCCGGCUGGAGGAGGGCAUCCGCUUCCUGCACGCUGACCACCUUUCCCACCUCGCUGUUGAGAUGAACCAGGCCUUCCCCUCAGAGGCCGUGCAGUCCUCAAACCUCUACGGGAUCCAGAUCUCCACUGCACACAAAGCAGCAAAGGAGCGGUCAGGCGCCAAGGAGACACUGGGCAGUGUGGGGGGCCGGCCUUCUGCCCCAGCUGAGCACCCACAGCUGCAGCUCUCCCUCGCCAUCGGCCUGGACGACAGCAGCCGUGAGCAGCCGGGCCCGCAUCCCACAGCCCAGCCCGCAGCACUGGCCAGGCCGGCAGAGGAGCUGCCGAAGCUUUCUGUCUCCAUCAAGCAGGAGAAAUGCGAGGCUGAGCCUGUGGUGUCCCAGAGCUGCAGCCCUCCUUCCCCGGACAGAGCAAACCCCAUCCUUGCCAAGGCCAGCCUCAGGGUGCACCUGUGUCACUACUGUGGGGAGCGCUUUGACUCGCGGGCCGGGCUGCGGGAGCACCUGCACACCCACGUUUCGGGCUCGCUGCCCUUCGGCGUGCCAGCCUCCAUCCUGGAGAGCGGCGGGCUCGGCGAGGUGCAGCCCCUGACGGAGGGCAGGGAGGGCGGGCAGCGCCUCGGGGCCUUCCUCCUCAGGGAGGACGAGAACCCGCUGGAACACCCGGGCUGUGGCGAGCUGGAGCCCCUGCAGAUCGGGCAGCUCUCCCUCAUCUCCAAGGAUCACGAGCCGGUGGAGCUGAACUGUAACUUUUCCUUCUCGAGAAAGAGAAAACUGGGCUGCACUGUCUGUGGCCGCACGUUUUUCCGGAAGAGCCAGCUGCUGGAGCACAUGUACGCACACCGGGGGAAGCAGCCCAAGCACGGCCGCAGCCCACGGCUGGAGAGUCCCCUCACCCCCAGGUUCCGGCCCUACGGCGACAGCGACGGUGUGGGGAAGAGUUCCAGCUUGUCCCAAGAUCACUUGGAUGAGUGUUUGCUGGAGUCUGAUCUCAUCCAGGAAAGCGUGGAUACGAUCCUGGUAGAGUAGUUCUCCCUGUGCAGCCACUGAACACUGGUUAGGGGCAUAUUCUGUGCGCUGAGCUGCCAGAACUGACUGUUGUCCUCAGCCAGAGUUGCCCUCUCACUGAGCUAGCUGUGAAUGGUGUGUUUGGUUUGUGUGUUUACUUUUUUACCUCUCUAACUUUUAAACUCAAGCUAAUUCAACUCUUAAGUCCUUGGAAGCCUCCGCGUGACUCAGUUACAUUUUCAUAAAUGUGAACUUGUUCUUGCCCUGCUUUACUGGAGUUCGUAUCGUGUUGCUGGGUGUGAGGUUUACACAUCCCCUAAUACAUGGGGUGGCAUCAAGGGCUGUUUGUAGCCCGUAAAACAGCUCUUCUGGUUCUAGAUGGAGGGAAAUGUAGAGGGAAAUACAUAUAUUGUUCUUCCCAAAUCGUUUGGUUUUAAUUAAAAUAAAUGAGGAGAUAAGUCCCAAA